AUGGCACAGAGUGGAAACGGAGCAGCAUGUGAGAGUGAUCUUACAUCACUUGGUACAGGACAAGAGCUGAAUUUUGAUGAUAACACACUGAAAGGUAAAGAUUCUUACAACUGUUAAUAGUGUAUAACCAAAAGGCCUCUAAUAUAGCAAACUAAGGACAAAUGAAAUAAAAUUUAAAAAAAGACAAAAGACCGUCAUUUGAAAACAUUCAACAUACGGAAGUGGUUAAAGAGUCAAAGUCGACAGUAUCUCUACUAAAUGUGGGUUUUUCAUUUUUUUUUUAAUCUAAAUUAGGCUUUUCGUAGAAUUUCUUUUCGAGUUUAUCACUUGUGGCAUAAUGAAUGGUUGUUUUGGUACUAGUGCUUUAUAUACAAGUAAAGAUAGUGUCAAUUUACAGCGUUAUACUAAUUUUUCCAGAUCAAACCAUUAUGGCACAGAGUGGAAACGGAGCAGUAAGAGAGAGUGAUGUUACAUCACAUAUUACCGGACAAGAGCUGAACUUUGACGAUGACACACUAAAAGGUAAAGAUUCUUACAACUGUUAAUAGUGUAUCACAAAAGGCCUCUAAUAUAGCAAACUAAGGACAGCUGACAUAAAAUAUACAAAAAAGGCAAAAAACCGGCAUUUGAAAUUAUUCAACAAACGGAAGUGGUUAAAGAGGCAAAGUCGUUAAACAGUAUCUCUACUGAAGGUGUUUUUUUCAUUUUUUAUCUAGAUUAGGCUUUUCGUAGAAUUUGUGGUCGACUUUAUCACUUGUGGCAUAAUGAAUGGCUGUUUUGGUACUAGUGCUUUAUAUACAAGUGAAGAUAAUGUCAAUUUAUAGCUUUAUACUGAUUUUCCAGAUCAAACCAUUAUGGCACAGAGUGGAAACGGAACAGCAUGUGAGAGUGAUGUUACAUCACAUGGUACCGGACAAGAGCUGAACUUUGAUGAUGACACACUAAAAGGCAAAGAUUCUUACAACUGUUAAUAGUGUAUCACCAAAAGGCAUUUAAUGUAGCAAACUAAGGACAGAUAACAUAAAAUAUACAAAAAAGGCAAAAAACCGUCAUUUGAAAUUAUUCAACAAACGGAAGUGGUUAAAGCGGCAAAGUCGUUAAACAGUAUCUCUACUGAAGGUGUUUUUUACAUUUUUUUUUUUUAUCUAGAUUAGCCUUUUCGUAGAAUUUGUGAUCGAGUUUAUCACUUGUGGCAUAAUGAAUGGUUGUUUUGGUACUAGUGCUUUAUAUACAAGUAAAGAUAGUGUCAACUUACAGCUUUAUACUGAUUUCUCCAGAUCAAACUAUUAUGGUACAGAGUGGAAACGGAGCAGCAAGUGAGAGUGAUGUUACAUCACUUGGUACCGGACAAGAGCUGAACUUUGAUGAUGACACACUGAAAGGUAAAGAUUCUUACAACUGUUUAUAGUGUAUCGCCAAAAGGCUUUUAACAUGAGAAAUUUAUGGAGAAAUGAAAUAAAAGAUACAGAAAGGAAAAAACCGUCAUUUGAUAACAUUCAACAUUUGAUACAUGAAGACUGAAAGUAGUUAAACAUUAUCUCCACUGAUUUUUUUUUUAUCUAAUAUUAGUUAAUACUAGUUAAUAGUAGUUAAUAUUAAUUUAAAGCUUUUUACUGAUUUUUCCAGAUCAAACCAUUAUGGCACAGAGGGGAAACGGAGCAGCAUGUGAGAGUGAUGUUACAUCACAUGGUACCGGACAAGAGCUGAAUUUUGAUGAUGACACACUGAAAGGUAAAGAUUUUUACAACUGUUAAUAGUGUAUCACAAAAAGUCCUCUAAUAUAGCAAACUAAGGACAAACGAAAUAAAAUUUAAAAAAAGACAAAAAACCGUCAUUUGAAAACAUUCAACAUACGGAAGUGGUUAAAGAGUCAAAGUCGACAGUAUCUCUACUGAAGGUGUUUUUUUUUUAAAUUUUUUAUCUAGAUUAGGCUUUUUGUAGAAUUUGUGGUCGAGUUUAUCACUUGUGGCAUAAUGAAUGGUUGUUUUGUUACUAGUGCUUUAUAUACAAGUGAAGAUAAUGUCAAUUUAUAGCUUUAUACUGAUUUUCCAGAUCAAACCAUUAUGACACAGAGUGGAAACGGAGCAGCAAGUGAGAGUGAUGUUACGUCACUUGGUACCGGACAAGAGCUGAACUUUGAUGAUGACACACUGAAAGGUAAAGUUUCUUACAACUGUUAAUAGUGUAUCACCAAAAGGCCUUUAACAUGAGAAAUUUAAGGAGAAAUGAAAUAAAAGAUACAGAAAGGAAAAAGCCGUCAUUUGAUAACAUUUAACAUUUGAUACAUGAAGACUGAAAGUAGUUAAACAUUAUCUCCACUGAAGGUGAUUUUUAUUUUUUUUCUAAUAUUAGUUAAGACUAAUUAAUAGUAGUUAAUAUUAAUUUAAAGCUUUUUGCCGAUUUUUCCAGAUCAAACCAUUAUGGCACAGGGUGGAAAGGGAGCAGCAUGUGAGAGUGAUGUUACAUCACUUGGUACCGGACAAGGGCUGAAUUUUGAUGAUAACACAGUGAAAGGUAAAGAUUCUUACUACUGCUAAUAGUGUAUCACCAAAAGACCUUUAAUAUAGCAAACUAACGACAAAAAAAUAAAAUAUACAAAACUGACAAAAAAUCGUCAUUUGAAAACAUUGAACAUACGGAAGUGGUUAAAGAGUCAAAGUCGUUAAACAGUAUCUCUACUGAAGGUGGUUUUUUUCAUUUUUUAUCUAGAUUAGGCUUUUCGUAGAAUCAGUUGUGGUCGAUUGUACCUCUUGUAGCAAAAUGAAUGGCUGUUUUGUUACUAGUGCUUUAUAUACAAGUGAAGAUAAUGUCAAUUCAUAGCUUUAUACUGAUUUUUCCAGGUCAAACCAUUAUGGCACAGAGUGGAAACGGAGCAGCAAGUGAGGGUGAUGUAACAUCACUUAGUACCGGACAAGAACUGAACUUUGAUGAUGACACACUGAAAGGUAAAGAUUCUUACAACGGUUAAUAGCGUAUCACCAAAAGGCCUUUAACAUAAAAAUUUAAGGAGAAAUGAAAUAAAAGAUACAGAAAGGAAAAAAACCGUCAUUUGAUAAGAUUCAACAUACAUAAAGACGGAAAGUCGUUAAACAUUAUCUCCACUAAAGGUGGUUUUUAUUUUUUAUCUAGAUUAAAUAAACUUUUUCUAAAAUUUGUGAUUGACGAAUUCCUUUACUGUAUUGCUGAUUCACCGUCACAUAUAGCCCUGCAUUAGCUCCCGCCAAGUAUGAUUCCUAUUUUCCCGCCAACCCGAAAGAUGCACACGCACCGCAUAACGGUUUAUUAGUGUGAGCUACAACUUUAAUGCAUUUUCAGCAUUUUUAGUAUUUUUAACAUCAGAAAGUGAGGAACGGAACGACCAAAUUUGCCCCUAUUUCACAAGUCUGUAACUAAUGUCAUGAUCACCGACAUCGGAUGAGUUAACAAGUGACAGCAUUAAUUUUGUCUAAAGGAGGAAUAAAUGAUCUCUGUCGUAUUUUUGGUUUUAAUCUGUAGCAAAGAGACGAAGAUUGAAAUGAACACACAAAAAAAUUGCACACGAUAGUCUGUAUUGUACUCUUACCUUUUGUACCCACAAUUAUAAUUUACCAUUUUAUUUUUUUAUACUAUAGCAAGUUUCGUUCCCAAGGGGUAUUCCGGAUUUCAAGAGACGUGGAUAACCGAAUGGGGGCAAAAAUCAAAACCCCAACCUUCACUGCACCAAAAAUUAUCUCCCCGAAAAAAUCCUAUACAGAGCUGCUCACCAACAAUAUUAUUCAGUUAAAAUCAAGCCAAUUGAGAAAAUACUUGCCAAAUGUUUCCUAUCCCAAAAGAAUCCCGGAAUUGAAAAUUUUAAACCCAAAAAAUUCUUUUAUCAUCGCCAUCACUUGAAAUCCGAAGUACCUCCACUGGGGUUUCGUUCCACCCUAAAUUUCUUAUUCGAAAGUUUUGCUUAUCACGUACUUCAUAACCGCAAAACAGAUUGUCGAAUACGAAGCAGAAUCAGAGAGACCUAUAAGUAAAAAGGAAAGAAUCAAGAAUGGAAAAAACAAACAAGUACCCUGUAUUUUUUUGGAAACCGAAAUACACUCAACUCGAAAACGAAGAACCCUCAACGCCGGUGAAAGGGUGUGCAAUAAACCAAAUGGGUCCGUAAAUUUGAAGUGUGACCAUCCCCUUUGGGUAUUUGCGUUGCCUCGACGUACUCGUACCCAUUGUUGGGUAUUUGGAAUCAAAUGUUUUGGCUCGGGGAGGGGAGAGUAUAGUAGAGGUUUACAUUUUUAGCGCCUUACAUUGAGAAAGUUUGCGGUAUUGUGGUGUUUGGCAAAUUUUCAUGCGGUACUUAUGUAAUUGUGGCCUUGAAUUCUGAUAUUGUGGUAUUUCUAAACAUGCCGAAGUUUUUGUGAUUGGCUCGGGGAUUUUUAGCAUGGUUGUGUCGAAUUUCUCGAUUUCUCUUUGCAGUGUUACGGUGUUCCGUAUACCCCUUGCCGCUCUUCAAUGUUUUUUUUUUUUUUGCGCAUGCGUAUACUUCUGCCAAAAGACCAGCUUUGAUCGGUUUUAGAAAGGUUUACCAAACAAUAUUCCCAUGAUAAUUUGUUAUGCGUUUGAACCCAUCAACAGAAAAAAUUACCAAGGCAUUUAUAAUAACGGAUGCUGAAAUCCUAUGGUGCAACCACAGCACCUUCACAUUUUACCAUUUAUUAUUAUAAUUAUUAUAACUAUUAUAUUAUUAUUAUUACUAUUUGAAAAGGUUAUUUUAGUGUUAAUCCAAUCUUAAGUUUUUGAAGUUUGGAAAGUAAAAAAAGCGUUGUUGUUGAUGUGGUCAUAGCAGCCAAACAUCUUUAAGUAGCAAACCGAUUUUAUAUACUUAACAGUGUUUUUAUCCCGAGUUUUUAUCAACAAAGUAUUACCUAUAACGAAAGCCGUUGCAAAUUAUGACGAUUAUCCCGUUACGUUCUAUAAAACUAAAAGUAAACUUUACCGAAUUUCACUAGCACCAAAAAGAAACAAUAUGUUUAUAAGGAUUAUUGCUGCAAUUGACUCCUGAUUCUGUUUCCAAAUAUGGUUCUGUCACGUAUUACUGAAGUGGUACUGUAACUCCCUGCUGCUACUAAGUCGAUUGACUAGGGCAACAAAAAAGAACUGCAAAAAACGUCGCUCUAAAUCUGAAACUGAAUCAGCCACCGAGAUUGUCGGAAAGUGAGUUGGCAAUGGUUGGUUACUAGGAUGUUCUGAGCGACUUAGCUACUGAAUUCUGGAAAGCAGUUUCAUGUCUUGAAUGAAAGCAUAACGGAAAACUGAGUCAGAUUACGUUACUGUCCUGUUUUUUGAAAAUUACUUCACCGCUCAUUUCAUGACAACCUGCCACAGAAUUUUGAUUGAUUUGUUCAGUCAAUAAAAGUUUUAUACUAAUGUGAGUUUACCACUUGUCGCAAAAUGAAUGGUUGUUUUGGUAACAGUGCUUAUACAAGUGAAGUUAAUAUUAAUUUAAAGCUUUUUACCGAUUUUUCCAGAUCAAACCAUUAUGGCACAGAGUGGAAACGGAGCAGCAUGUGAGAGUGAUGUUACAUCACUUGGUACCGGACAAGAGCUGAACUUUGAUGAUGACACACUGAAAGGUAAAGAUUCUUACAACUGUUAAUAGUGUAUCACUAAAAGGCCUUUAACAUACUAAACUAAGCACAAGUAAAAUAAAAUAUACAGAAAAGACAAAAAACCGUCAUUUGAAAACAUUGAACAUACGGAAGUGGUUAAAGAGUCAAAGUCGUUAAACAUUAUCUCUACUGAAGGUGGUUUUUUAACUUUUCAUCUGGAUUAGGCUUUUCCUAGAAUUUGUGGUGGAGUUUACCACUUGUGACAAAAUAAAUGGUUGUUUUGGUACUAGUGCUUUAUAUACAAGUAAAGAUAAUGUCAGUUUACAGCUUUAUACCGAUUUUUCCAGAUCAAACCAUUAUGGCACAGAGUGGAAACGGAGCAGCAAGUGAGGGUGAUGUUACGUCACUUGGUCCUGUAAAAGAGCUGAACUUUGAUGAUGACAAACUGAAAGGUAAAUACUCUUACAACUGUUAAUAGUGUAUCACCAAUUAGCCUUUAACAUAAAAAUUUAACAUGAGAAAUUUAUGGAGAAAUGAAAUAAAAGAUACAGAAAGGAAAAAAACCGUCAUUUGAUACCAUUCAACAUACAUAAAGACUUGAAGUCGUUAAACAUUAUCUCCACUGAAGGUGUUUUUUACUUUUUGUCUAGAUUAAACUUUUUCUAAAAUUUGUGGUGGACGAAUUCCUUUAUCUUGUGGAUUCACCGUUACAUAUAGCCCUGCUUUAGCUCCCGCCAAGUAUGAUUCCUAUUUUCCCGCCAACCCGAAAGAUGCACACGCACCUCAUAAUGGUUUAUUAGUGUGAGCUACAAAUUUAAUACAUUUUUAGCAUUUUUAACAUCAGAAAGUGAGGAACGGUACGACCAAAUUUGCAUCUAUUUCACAAGUCUGUGAGCAAUGUCAUGAUCUAGUACAAACAUUAACCAUAAAGGACUGCAAAGGACCGCAAGACCUGAUCAGCAAAAAUGAAAAGUGAAAAGUAGACAUAUUAAAUUCUGCAAGCAGAAUACUGCAAUGCUGACCGUACUACGUGAAAAUUAACUCUGCAAGACAUCAACACGACACCGAAAGAACUCAAAACAGAGCGAGAUUGUAGCCAUAGUCAUGAUCAACGCCAUUUAUGAGUUAACAAGUGACACCAUUUGCCUAACCGGGGAAUAAUUAUCCCCGUGGUAUUUUUCGUUUUAAUCUGUAGCAAGGAGACGAAGACGGACUCCCGGAUGAACACACAAAAAAGUUGCACACGAUAGUCCGUAUUGUACUCUUAUCUUUUGUACUCACAAUUAUAACUCGCCAUUUUAUUUUUUAUACCAUAGCAAGUUUCGUUCCCAAGGGUUAUUACGGAUUUUAACAGACGUGGAUGACCAAAUGGGUGCAAAAAUCAAAAACCCAAAAUUCCCUGGACCAAAAAUUAACCCCCAAAAAUCCUAUACAGAACUAUGCACCGACAAAGUUCAACUAAGAAAAUACCUGUCAAAUUUUCCUACCCCAAAAGAAUUCCGGAAUCGAAAAUUUCAAACCCAACAAAUCCUUCGAUCAUCGCCGUCACUUGAAAUCGGCAGUACCUCCACUGGGUUUUCGUUGCACCCCAAGUUUCUUUAUCGAAAGUUAUGCUUAUGACGUACUUCAUAACUGUCAAACAGAUUGUCGAAAUCAAGGCUGAAUCGGAGAGACCUACAAGUAAAAGGGAAACAACCACGAAUGGAGAAAGAACCAAGUAUUUUCUAUUUUUUGGAAACCGAAAUACACUCAACUGGAAAACGAAGCACCCUCAACCCUGGUGAAAGGGCCUGCAAUCAACUACAACUGGUCAGUUAAUUUGAAGCGUGACCAUCCCCUUUGGGUAUUUUCGUUGCCUCUGGAUACUCUUACCCACAAUGGGGUAUUUGGAAUCAAUGUUUGCCUCGGGGAGGGGAGAGUAUGGUAG